CUUUGUUGAAAGAAUUGAUGUUCACUUUCAUGAUGAAUCUUUCUUCAAAUUCUAGUAAAGAAAAUGGCAAGAGGAAAGAAAAAGGCUAUCAUUGCUCAUAUUGUGAAAAGGCAUUUGAAAAUUCUCAAGUUCUUGGAGAUCAUCAAAGGUUGUAUGAAGUUGAGAUUAAGCAGGACAACAAUCAAAUGAUUCAUUUUCAAAAUUCAAAGGAUGUUACCAAGUCUAAUCCUGGACAUGGGGAUGCCUUAAUGAAAGCUUUGUCUAGAGGUACAACAAACAAUCCUUAUGUAACGAAAGGAAAUUAUUAUGGAGGCUAUAGCCGAGAAGACCACAAUUCAUUGUUCAUGUCUCCAAAUUAUUCUUCUGCCCGAACCGACAAUGCAUCCUUGGUAACGUCAAUUCAAUAUAAAGAGACCAUUCCUUUUUCUCAAUCUGUAGACUAUCCAAUUUAUAUGAGUUCUUUUAGUAAUCAUAUAGGUGGUGCAAGUUCUUCUAUAAACCAUCAAUUUGAUGCUAGCAAUCCACAAUUUUUUAUUGAUAGUUUUUCCAAACCUUUUAAAAGCAAUUUUUGGAAAAACGAACAUAAUGAUCCCAAUCUCACAUAUCCGGUCUUGGUUAGAAAUUCAUCUUUACCCGGUUAUCACAUGGCUGAUUUUAGUUUUUGGAAUUUUAACACCAACAAAUUUCCUAGCCCAAUUGAGCCUAAUGUUGUUGAUACCCAAAUAAAUUUUGUUGGCUCAAACAAUAGAUAUAGUUAUAAUGUGGACCAGAUUUAUGAGAAGGUAAAAAACCAUUAUAGAGAUGAAGUUCAAGAAAAAAUUCCAAUGAUGAAUCCACCAAAAAAGCCCAAUAUCAACUUUGGUCCACUUGUCAAUCAUGGAAUAGAGAUGCUGCAAAAAAAGGAAGCAUGGUUUUCUACAAAAGAGACAAAGCUUAAAGCUGUAGAAGCAAUUUUCGGCAAGGAUGAAGGGAAGAAUGCUUCGACUUCAAAGAGUGCAAAUUUUAUAAAAGAACAAGAGGUUGACUUGGAUCUUUCCCUUCAUUUAUAGAUUUGUAUUUCUUUCAAAUAAAUAUCAUGCAUUUGUGUUAAAUUUAUCAAGUAAUAGUUUUUCACAUUUUAAUUAUGUACUCAA